AUGGACAUCCUGUGCCAGUGUGAUCCGAAACUACAGCAGAUCAAGCCUGUGGACGGACAGUAUCCCCGUGAGCCGGAGUAGCUCCGCAAGCUCUCCAUUGGUGGGCUGAGUUUCGAGACCACCGACGAGAGUUUGCGGAACUAUUUUGAACGAUGGGGAUCCCUCUCAGAUUGUGUGGUGAUGACAGAUCCAGUCACAAAGAGAUCAAGGGGCUUUGGCUUUGUCACAUACAGCUCAGUGGAUGAAGUUGAUGCAUCAAUGGAGGCUCGUCCUCACAAGGUUGACGGUCCAGAGAGGUAAACUAUGUCUGAUGAUUCCUCUAGGCCAGGUGCUCACACGACGGUGAAGAAGAUCUUUGUGGGUGGAAUCAAGGAGGACACAGAGGAGCACCAUCUUAGGGACCACUUUAAUCAGUUUGGCAAGAUUGAAGUCAUCGACAUCAUGACUGAUAGAACCAGUGGGAAGAAGAGGGGAUUUGCCUUUGUUACAUUUGAUGAUCACGAUUCAGUCAAUAGGAUUGUCAUCCAGAAGUAUCAUACAGUGAAUGAUCACAACUGUGAAGUGAGGAAGGCUUUGUCAAAGGAAGAAAUUAACCGAUCAGGUAGGAAUUGGAGAAGGCCAAGAGGUGGACACUUUGGCAGAGGUGGUGGAUAUGGAGGUGGUUUUGAUGGAGGGCGAGGAGGUCGAGGAUAUGGUGAUAACGAUGGAUAUAAUAACUAUGGAGGCAAUGGUGAGUGUGGUGGCUAUGGUGAAGGCCCCGGUGGGUAUGGUGGCGGCAACCAGGGCUAUGGCGGAGGCGGCGGCUUUGGCAACCCGGGUGGCAGCUGUGGAGGAGGAUACAACAAGACAGGCGGUGGUGGUAACCACGGAGGUAGUAACUAUAGAGCUAACGGUGGCGGCAGCAGCACAGCUGGUGGUGGUGCUGGAGAUUGCAAUGACUUUGGCAAUUACAACAGCCAGUCGUCGUCCAGCUACGGCCCAAUGAAAGGGGGUGGCAGCUAUGGCAGUGGAGGGGGCAGGAGCAGCGGCCCAUAUGGUGGUGACGGUGGUUAUGGAGGGGGGCACCAGUGGUGGUUAUGGAGGGGGGCACCAGUGGUGGUUAUGGAGGGGGGCACCAGUGGUGGUUAUGGAGGGGGCUCCAGUGGUGGUUAUAGAGGGGGCUCCAGAGGCCGACGGUUCUGA